AUGGACGAACCCUCGGAGCAACUCCACCUCGAAACCCGCGAUGCCGUCGUCAGAGCGCUGGCAACGCGCCGUCCCAUCCUACACCACCUAAACGCCGACACGUCCUGGCUGCUCCAGGUCCCGCGGCCCGCAAAUGCAGUCAAGCAUGGCAGCCGGGUAUACUACAACAUACUGAUCGACCCAUGGUUUGUGGGCGGGCAGUCGGAUGUCGCGAAGUGGUUCUCGCAACAAUGGCAUGCUACACCUAGUGCGGUGAAGAGCAUCGCUGAGGUCGAAGAGAUGGUGCGCCAGGUCGAAAUGCUUGCUGGAGGAAUGCGCCGGGCAAGCAAGAGAAGAGCUGGCGCGGACGACGAGACGCUCAUCGAUGCCGUCGCCAUCUCGCACGAGUUCACCGAUCACUGCCACAAGGAGACGCUACUGGAGGUACACAGAGACGUGCCUGUGUUUGCGACAGAGGAAGCAUCCAAACUAAUAUCCUCCUGGUCGCACUUCCGCACCGUAACCACAACCCCCACCUUCGUCGACAACAGCGACUGGCACGACUUCUCUCUCUCACCCCUCCCCUCCUGGCUCAGCAUCAGCCGCCUCACCGCCGCCGGCGACUCUCUGUACUACCACUCCGCGCUCCUCAUCACCUUCGCCACACACCCCUUCCUCUCGACCACUCCGCGCAAACAGCGCUCCAGCCUCUCUAUAAACGGCGACGGGCUGGAAGAGGGCUUCCCAUCGAGCAGCAGCGAGGCAGCAGAGGCGGUUAUAUAUACUCCACACGGCAUUCCACACGCCGCGCUGAGUCCGAUAGCGAAGGCAGAUCCAGAGCUGAAGACCCUCGCGUUCCUGCACGGCUUGCACGACGUCAGUAUAUCCGCGGCGCAGCAGUUGAAUCUCGGCGCGAAGAACGGCGUGCUGGCACAAAGAAUUCUGCGCGCAAAGUACUGGGUUGCAACACACGACGAAGUCAAGAAGGGCGGAGGGUUCAUCAGCUGGUUCUUGAAGAGGAAGGUGUGGACUGUCGAAGAUGCGCUGCGAGAGGCGCGGAGCGAGGAGACGGGUGGCUAUGGUGGGAGCGGGUGGGGCAUUGAUGAGUUUGAGGAUGUGCAUUUCAAGGAUAUGGGGAACGGGGAGAGUAUGAUAUUGGAGUAG